AUGGCCACAAUCGAGCCGCGCUUGAUACAUCUGCUCAACGAGCCGACAAAAUCGCAAAUCAACCACACCGAUCUUCCUCCGCUUCAUUCUCUUUCCUUCACUACAACAACAGAUCGAUCUUUACCCCCACUCGAGCCGCUUGAUACAAAUCAUCGCGGUGAUAGACCAGGGCCCGACACACAAUCUGUUGCUAGCGCCGGUGGCUCAAUACAAAUAUCCACUGAUGAUGGUGCUUUUGAUUAUCGCAAAGAGGGACCUGGCCAAGAUGGAAGACUCGCGACAGCUUCUGGGGCAUUUCCGUUCCGUACAAUCACAGGCGAUUCGGAAGUUGCAGAAUUUACCAAUUCAAUAAGUCGGAUCCUAGAUGACGACCCUGAGGUGAUAGAUGAUGCUUCAAACAAGAAACGACAUCGCAGUAUCCAUGUCAAGGAUGAUUUUGUACAGCUUCCGCAACCUCUCAAAAAACAGAAAGCUACGCAACAAGCACCAGUCAUGCCGCCGAUCAUCAACGGACUUCAUGAGCCUCCGCCACAUGCUGCUUUGUUCCCACCCAUUUCAUCCGAGUCAUUUAACACUAGUGACGGUUCUCAGAUGAAGGUAUUGCCAGAGAUACUGUCGGAGUUUACGCAACCGUCCCAGGAAAUCGACACAGACUUCACCAUCAAUAAAGCACGAAAGCGAAAUGCUAAGCCAAGAAGGAAAUGGUCUGAGGAAGAAACAAGCCAUCUCUUGUUGGGUGUCAACCGGCACGGAGUAGGGAAAUGGACAAGUAUCCUCGAGGACACCGAUUUCACGUUUAAUGGCCGGACGGCCGGAGACCUGAAGGAUAGGUUUAGGACUUGUUGCCCUGACGAGCUUCGUAAAUCCAACAGAUCGAUCGAAACUGAAUUGCCACCAUGGCCUGGUCGAGACAUGCCGCCCAAGGGUAAAACGGACGUUCACUUGGAAAAGAUAUUGAUAGACGGGGAUGCUGCAUUCGUAAAAGACGCCACUUUGACUCCACAGCAGGACAUCGACAAAUCGCCCAACAAGAAGAAGAAGAGUCGUGCGCAUCGCAAGAAGAUGGAGGAUCUUGUAGAGCUUGGUAUCCACGAGCCCUUCAAGAAAUCCCGCCGCCGCGAAAGACGACCCUUUACUGAGCAAGACGACACGGAAAUCCUCGAGGGUUUGGACAUUCAUGGUCCUGCCUGGACCAAGAUCCAACGGGACCCACGGUUCCAUCUCUCAAGUCGACAACCAACAGAUUUAAGAGAUCGAGUGCGUAACAAAUAUGCAGAUGUUUAUCAGCGCAUAGAGAAAGGCACUUUCCAGACCAAAGAAACGGGCAGAGGGAAUGUCCCUAUGGAGCCUUCGGUGAGCAUGUCCAUCAAGAGCUCUUUUAAGGUAGCCAAGGGUACAACACUGGAGCCACAAACAAACUCAUCGGCGUCACGCGAGGAUCUUCCCAGAUGGCCGGUUCACCAAAGGUCUGAUGUAAAUGAAAUCAUAGGGGCCGCGCAGGUAUUUGAGUUUUCCGAGGCUGCAGUGCCUUUCAUGGGCGGUGAAAUGGACAUCUCGCGUCUGCUACUUGACGAUGCGAAGCUCUUGCCAGCAACUUCACGCUUUGGGAUCGACGGCGUCCCUGGUUCUUCCCCACACAUCAAUGCUCCACAGAAAAGGCACGUCAAGGAGGAGACGCAACAGUCAAGAAAAUAG